UACACUAUAUAUAUUAACUAUUCAACUAUAUGUAUAUCUCCAAAAAUUCUUUAUUCAUUCACCAUAAUUCUUUAACUUGAAUGGCUACUGUUCAAGUAAGCAACACAAUGCCAGAUUGUUGUUCACCUUUAAAGAAGUCUCCUUCAUUGCGCUAUGGUCGAAAAAAGUCCAUUUCAAGAACAGCUAAUGAGAUUGAUGAUAUCAUUAACCAUUUGCAUGGUUCCGACCCAGUUCGUUUUGAACUUACCCGUCUUGAGAACCAACUACGAGAUAAAGAUAGGGAAUUGGGAGAUGCAUAUGCAGAAAUAAAGGCAUUGAAGUACCAUGAACACGUUAAAGAGAAGGCAGUGGAAGAGCUAAAUGAUGAGCUAAACAAAGUGGAUGAAAAGCUUAAGAAAACCGAAUCCCUUUUGGAUAGCAAGAAUUUAGAGAUUAAGAAGAUUAAUGAUGAGAAAAAGCAUGCUUUGGCUGCACAAUUUGCGGCGGAAGCCACUCUUCGAAGAGUUCAUGCUGCCCAGAAAGAUGAUGAGAUGCCUCCUAUUGAGGCUAUUAUUGCUCCAUUGGAGGCAGAACUCAAGUUGAUUAGGAUGGAGGUAUCAAAGUUGCAGGACGAUAAUAGAGCACUAGACCGUCUCAGUAAAUCUAAGGAAACGGCUCUUUUGGAGGCAGAGAGAACUGUUAAAUUAGCAAUGACAAAAGCAUCCAUGGUUGAUGAUCUUCAGAACAAAAACCAAGAGCUGAUGAAACAGAUUGACAUAUGUCAGGAGGAAAACAGAAUAUUGGAUAAAAUGAACCGACAGAAAGUUUCAGAGGUUGAAAAGCUGACUCAAACUGUUUCUGAGCUUGAAGAAGCUGUUUUGGCUGGUGGAGCUGCUGCAAAUGCCGUGCGUGAUUAUGAGCGCAGACUGCAAGAGACAAAUGAAGAGAAGAAGAUCUUGGACCGUGAAUUAGCUCGUGCCAAAGUUUCUGCAAACCGUGUUGCUGUUGUAGUAGCAAAUGACUGGAAAGAUACUGAUAACAAAGUAAUGCCUGUAAAAAAAUGGCUGGAAGAAAGAAGAGUUUUUCAGGGAGAAUUGCAACAACUAAAAGAGAAACUGGCUAUCGCGGACCGCACUGCAAAGGCAGAAGCACAGUUAAAAGAAAAGUACCAACUCCGUUUCAAAGUUUUGGAGGAAAGAUUUAAAUCAUCGUCUCGUAAUGGUAUUUCAUGUGCUGCUGUCCCAGAAAGAGCUAUCAGCAGUGGACGAGCAGCACGCCAGUCUCUAGGAGGAGUUGAAAAUUUAUCAAGAUCUUCCUCUAGUAGAUUUUCAUCAAGAAAUUUACUUAAGCAUGGAAGUAUAUCAUCAAAAGUAUAUGAUUGCAGUAAAUUAGUAGAUUCCAGUAAGCUAUUCUCAAAUGAACGUGAUCAUGCUGAAGAGCUGAAUAAGUCAAAACCCGAAGAUUUUGUAUCUGGCAGGUUGUAUGAUAUGUUACAGAAGGAAGUCUUAACCUUACAAAAAGCUUGUCAACAAAAAGAUCAAAAUCUCACAGAACGAAACAAUACAAUUGAGAUAUUGACAAAAAAUGUUGAGACAUUGAAUCGGGCGAUGGAGGUAGAGGGGAAAAAAACAAGGAGAGAAAUAGCUGCAAUGGAAAAAGAACUUGCUGCAUUGCGUGUUGGUAGAGAACGCGGCAGCCAUAUGGGACGGCAUACUAGUGUUCCCAGGGCCGUGUUAUGACUUGAGUAAUCCGAAGAGCAAGUUCAAGAGACUCCUGAUCUAGAUAGGUUAUAAAAUUUACUCAAUAAUUAUGUGAAAGAAGGAAUUAUUAGUGUAAUUUGUGUGUCUUAUUGUAUACCCAUGAAGUAAUAUUUAAAUGUACAAUAAAGUUGUCACAUAAUCCAUCAA